CAAUGAAAUAAAUCUUACUUCUAAAACAUACAAGCUCACUGCAACAUAGGUUUAUUUUUCUGUGUAAAAUGGCUAAUGUUUUCAUAUUGAAUCCUAGCGCUAUGAAAGACACCAUCUACCUCUUCUUCCUGAUCCUAACUACCACCUUCUUGAUGUCCAACUCUGCAAGAAUCUUAGAUGAAAUGGAUUCACAAGAACCACAAGUCAUUAACAAUCUACCGCUACCGUUAGUAUCCAAUCCUUCACUCACAACAACAAUUCCCAAUACCAUGCCACAAACAGGCCCUGACACCAGUAAUGAAGAAGCAAAUGCCGACCCACCUGUAGCAGAAGUGGAAGCCCCUGCAGUAGAUAAUGUCUCAGUCUCACAGCAGCCACAACCGGUGGCAAAGCAACCAUCACUAUCAUUCUUCAUGCAUGAUAUACUUGGUGGGUCACACCCAUCAUCAAGAGUGGUAACAGGAAUAGUAGCAAAUAGUGAUGUCACAGGUUUAGCAUUCUCCAAACAAAACAACAACAUCUUCCCAAUCACAGGAGGAAUCCCUUUAGUCAACCCCAAACUAAAUGGCAUCAUCACAAACAACAACUUACCACUGCUAGUAGGCCUUGGUGGCGGUCAGUCCUCCACUGUGUUCCAAAAUCGGGGAACCAACAAUGUUGUCACAGGUGGCAACAACCAGCCAUUUGUUUCUGCGGGGAACCUUCCAGGAGGUUUUACAGUUCAAAAGCUCAUGUUUGGUUCUGUGACGGUGAUCGAUGACCAGUUGACUGAAGGGCACGAGUUGGGUUCGAGUGUGGUUGGAAGAGUACAAGGGUUCUAUACGGCCAGCUCGUUGGAUGGUACUAGCCAAAGUGUUGUGAUGACGAUGUUGCUUAAUGGAGGUAAUGACCAUGAUGGGGUGGAUGACAGUAUAAGCUUGUUCGGCGUUCAUAGGACAGCAUCGCCAAAAUCUGUGGUUGCAGUGAUUGGUGGGACUGGUAAGUUUGAGAAUGCAAGGGGAUAUGCUGCACUUGAGACACUACUGAAGGAAGACCAGCAUACCACAGAUGGAGUCGACACCAUCCUCCAUUUCAACCUCUACCUUACUCAUUGAUAUCUACUUUCACCCUCAUUAGUUUUCAUGACAUUUUGCAUUUGAGGUUCUGAAUUCAGUGCGCCCAGUGUCCCUGAUGGAUAAAAAUGAGUUGUAAUAUUUUCACACCCUUAUUUCCUCCAACACUUUUUUAGCAUUUUGUUUUUCUUUUC